AUGGCUGUGGCCAUGGUCUCAGCUGUGAGAGGCGGUCGCUUACCAUCAUUACAUCACCAUCAUCGCCGUCAAAUGAUUCUGAGCUCAUCAUCCUCAUCAUCAAUUACUGGUAGUUGGGGUUCGUUAAGACCAUGGAAGCAGCUCAAUUGCCUCUCCAACUCAAAGGGCUUCACUCUCUUGGCCCGCUACUCACAAACUCAGGAUCUUUUCUCCUCUCGCUUCCAAGAUAGUAUCCAAGACUUGCCUAAACUGGUCGAGGACAUUGUCCAAACAUCAAUAAGUACAGGUCCACGCGGCGCCCUUAGAAUGGCCCAAGGUAUUCAAGCGUUUAUUGGGGUAGGUGGGGAGUGGCUUGCUGACAUUUCAAAGUCAUCAAACUCAUCUGCUGGAUUACCAACCCAAGUGCAGCUUGGAUUGCUAUCCCCCCUUUAUUUGAGGAGAUUGUUUGAGCGCAUGGGGGCAACCUAUAUUAAGUUGGGUCAGUUCGUUGCAUCUGCACCAACAUUGUUCCCAUCAGAAUAUGUAGAGGAAUUUCAGAACUGCUUUGACAGAACUCCUGCAGUACCCUUCGUGGAGAUUCAAGCAAUUUUGCGUCAGGAAUUGGGGAAACCAAUAGAAAGCGUUUUUGAAUAUGUUGAUCCAACUCCACUUGCUUCGGCCUCAAUAGCACAAGUUCAUGGUGCAAGGCUAAGAGGCUCCCAAGAAGAUGUGGUUAUAAAGAUCUUGAAACCCGGAAUAGAAGAUAUGUUGGUUGCAGAUCUGAAUUUUGUGUACAUUGUUGCCCGCAUUUUGGAGUUCUUGAGUCCCGAUAUAAGCCGUGCUUCAUUGGUUGGUAUUGUGAAAGACAUACGGGAAUCCAUGCUUGAAGAAGUUGAUUUCUACAAGGAGGCUGCAAACAUUGAGUCCUUCAGAAGAUAUUUAGAAGCCAUGGGACUCACAAGGCAGGCUACAGCUCCAAAAGUGUAUCAUCAAUGCAGCACCAAACGAGUUUUAACAAUGGAGAGGCUAUAUGGAGUUCCUCUUACUGACCUAGACACUAUAAGUUCAUUUGUUUCUAGUCCAGAGACCAGUCUCAUAACUGCCCUUAAUGUGUGGUUUGGCAGUUUGCUUGGCUGUGAAAGCUUCCAUGCAGAUGUACAUGCAGGAAAUUUGUGGUUGUUGCGUGAUGGCCGUAUUGGGUUUCUUGAUUUUGGAAUUGUUGGUCGUAUAUCCCCAAAAACAUGGGCUGCCAUGGAAGUCUUUCUGGGAUCAAUCGCAACUGAAGAAUAUGAAUCAAUGGCAUCUGCGUUGGUUGAAAUGGGUGCUACAGACACAAAUGUUGAUUCUAAGGCCUUUGCAAGGGACUUGGAAAAGAUGUUCUCAUCAAUAAAGGAUUUGGAUACAGAAGUAGUCAUAGCAACAGCCAGGGAGCCGGCUACAAAUGCAACUGCUGUUUCUGCUAAUCUGGUUGUUGAUGAGAGACAAAUGAAUGCACUUUUUCUUGAUGUGAUUCAGGUUAGUGAAUCAUAUGGAUUGAAAUUUCCUCGAGAGUUUGCACUACUCCUGAAGCAGCUUUUGUAUUUUGAUCGGUACACCCGUUUGUUGGCCCCAAACUUAAAUAUGCUCCAGGACCAAAGGAUUUCUAUUGCUUCAAAUCGAAGAAGCAACUACAGGGACAAUUUCAGGUGA